UGAGACAAACACAUGAUCCACCAAACCGCUGGCUUUAAGGAAGAAAAGAUCCAAAAAUCUAACUUCAAGUGCUGGGGCAGGAGGACUAACACGAUAAAUCUGACAGACUGUAAGAGUCCAUUGGCUGAGAGCGACCGGCAUACAGAACACCUCCAUCUAACUGGACGUGUCUUUCAGAGUCUCUUGGGUCCUCCUGUCCCAGGGAUUUCUGAGGGAAGAGCCAUGAUUAAAAAAUUGCUACUUAGAUUCAGAAGGUUGUUGGAGCCGGGGCCAUGGAUAAGCCGAGAUGAAUAUGGCAACAUGGAGAUUAUUAAUUUGUGUAAUGAUCCUUGUAUGAUCCAGCUGGCUCGUUUCUCUGAAGAAAUGUUCUAUCAUCAUAAAAUAAAGGUUUAUAUUUCCUUCCAGGACAUUUAUGGUGCAACAGGGAAUAAUACUAAGACAGUAGAUGAACUCAAGAAACUGUGCCAUGAACCAGAUACUUUAAUUAAACAUAGAUUAUCAAGAUUGAAGAAUAAAGUUAACGAAAAACACUGUAGAUCUAAAUUUAAAUAUUUAAAAGGAGGCGAUGAUGAAACAUUAAAAAACAACAGUUCAAUAAUCAAAAACUAUAUCCCAACAGAAAUUAAGAAAAUAACAGAUGAAAAAAGUAGGAAGUUCAUCUCUUCUCUACAUAAAGUUAAAAUUGAAUUUCCCAGUGAUGAAAUGACAUUAGAUGAGUUCGAGAACUUUGGAAAAGAACAGGCUGAUAAAAUGAAGCUAGAACUGAACGUUAGUGAGGAAAUUAGUUAAAGAGUUUAUUCACUUUUUUCUUCGAAGUGGUGUGAUCUUGUUAAUGAAAGAUAUGAAGAGUUUAUAUAUGAGAAGCUCGGUGAAUGCAUUAAUACAUUUGCUGUUAGAUUUGCUGUUCAAGAUAUGAAGGCCAUCACAAAACAUUUUAAUCUGAUAAGAGUAAAUUUAUCUUUACAUUUAGAAUAAUUACAGUGCAUGUGAUGUCUUUUUUAAUUCAGUCUUUCUCUCUUUGGGUUAGGGUUUUCCGUGUGUAGUGUUGUGUUGUGUAAAGGCUCUAUAGUGUCUCAUUGAUUUAUAUUUGUGAGUAUUUCUCUGUUAUCAUCUCCAUAAAUGCAUCUGAGAGAUGAUGAGCAUCAAUCCAUCUACAGACUCGAGACACUGUCAGAAUGCUGAUUCUCCACGUUAACGCCUGUUAAAACACCUGUUCAAUGCCAACAAACACACAACUAUAUCCAUUCAGUAAAUCAGUUUGCUUUCACUUUGUCCACUGCUUUCUGUUGUUUCUGUAGGAGAGUGUAUUUCAGCUCUCUUAACUUCAGCUCUCUAUAUAUAUACUCUUUUUAACCUAGACUAAGAAGAUUGUGUUAGUUAAUAAUUAUAAUAAUUAAAAAUAAUAUGCCCAGUCUUUGACCACAGAGCUCUUAAGGCUGUUGGUGAUUGUUUGAGAUUGUUGUAACUCUAAAUGAAUGUCGUUGUUAUUGAAUGAUCUUUCCGAUUCUGGCUCUGAUGAGUUUAAGAAAACCACUGUAAAUCACACAGUCGAUUCUGAAGAGAAAUAAACAAUCAGCCAUUAAAAGUGCAUGUGUUGGUGAAAUCAUCAGAGAAAAGAUUCAUCAGUGCUCAGAGAUAUUCAAUCUCUACAUUCAUUUAUAUGUUGGAUCUAUUGUGUGAUUUAUUAAAAGAAUAGCAUUAAUUUAAUAUCAUUUAUUUAUUUACAAGGAGUAAUUUCAGUAUUGUUUGAAGUGUAAAGAGCACAUCAACCAGCAAAAU